AUGCCUUCAUCAACUUCAUCAGGCGGACUCGGAAAGGGCAAAGUGACACUCAGCGGUGCGCAAGAGACCCUCCUCCUGACGCUCUUCGCCCGCGCCAAAGAUGCCGAGUCCUCGCGGCCAAUCCUGAACGACCAAUACGCCCUCGACAUCGUCUCUCAGAUCAAAGACCAGGGGUAUGACUUCAAACGCACUACGGCCGGCAGCCGCUCGACAAACAUGUUUUCGAGCUCUGUCGCGAUGCGCGCUCGCAUGUUGGACAUUUGCACCGAAAAAUUCCUGAGGAAGAAUCCCGGCCCAGCCACCGUCUUGCAUCUGGCGUGCGGCAUGGACUCGCGUAGUCUGCGGGUCAAGUGGCAGGGCGAGGGCCGCUUGUGGAUUGAUGCCGACAGGCAGGAUGUGAUUGAGCUUCGGCGGCAGGUCAUGAGGGAUCCGGAUGGAGGCAAAGGGGAGUAUCACCUGCUGGACCCGAAUAUCCACGAGGACGCGUGGCUCAGCAACUGCAAAGUCCCAACGGAUCGACCGGUACUGAUCCUCUUUGAGGGCCUGACGCCGUAUCUCACCAGCGAUGAGGUCUAUGGUCUCCUGCGACGGAUUGUGAACUACUUUCGGCAGCGCGGUGUUCACGGCGAGAUUCGAUUCGACGCUAUCGGAUCGUUCACGUAUUACACUGCUAGCUUCUUCCUCAACUCCACUUUUAAGCUUAUGGAAACGCAGUUCAAUUUCUAUCUGGACGACCCUAGGACGUUGGAGCAGAAGGUCCCCGGCCUCAGGUUUAAAGAGCGCAUUUUUGGUACGCCGGAUCUUUUGGUCAUUGGAUUCCUAGGCUGGGUGGUCGGGUUCCUUGGAUGGAUUGCCGACCUCCUUGGGGUUACACCUCGUAUUGGAGGAGGCUACGGGUACGAGUUCUGA